CGAUACAAGCACCCUGCACAGUGGACGAUUACAACUGCCAGGGAGAGCCUCUUGCUUUAUUGUGCUACGGGUCCUUGUUUUGGCCAAAAAAGCUUCGGUCACAGGAAGUCCCUGUACAUGUUAUUAAACCAGAAUGAAAGAUAGUCAAUGUAGAAAUAUAUUGUAAAUAUAUCAAUGAAAAAGUAGUGUCACCAAUAUAUUUUACCAUUACAUUGUAUGGAGUUACUGACAGGAGGUUUUAUUCAUUGCAAGUCGAACUCGUGAGAGGCAAGAUGGCGCCUCCCAGUCCUGGUAAUUAAAGUGAUCGUCUGUCCCACAAUCAACUUACUCCUUGUAGUCUUUAACAUAUUCUCCAGUAAAUUACACAUGCUAGUUGGGUUUGAGACUAGUUUCUCAACACAUUGGCAUAUUAUGAAACCAUAGAAACGAUCCAGUACAUGAUAUAAAUCAGCUGUAAUUAUGGACUGACUAGUGCACCACUGCCUUAACGUAAACCAGUGAAAUGGACCCUAAAUAUAGAGGCUGUAAAAGCAAGAAUGCAGGGAAGUCUGACCUGCCUAUACUCCCUAUUUACAAAUGUAAGGAUCAGCUUGUUCAGGCUGCCAGGGAGCACUCCUUCCUUAUUGUUACCGGAGACACGGGUAGUGGGAAGACUACGCAGCUGCCACAGUAUCUCUACAAAGCAGGGUUUGCAAAACACGGCGUGAUUGGGGUCACCCAGCCUCGUAGGGUAGCCACAAUCUCAGUGGCACAGAGAGUGGCAGAAGAAAUGGAUUGCUUACUGGGGAGUACAGUGGGUUACCAAGUGCGAUUUGACGACUGCACAUCGCAGAAAACUGAAAUGAUAUACCUGACUGAUGGCUGCUUGUUGAGACACACUCUGACUGACCCCAACCUUAUCAAAUUCAGCACAAUAGUUUUGGAUGAAGCCCAUGAACGAAGUUUAAGUACUGAUAUAUUAUUUGGGCUGCUGAGAAAGCAGUUUCUGAAGCAGUGUUCUGCAGCAAGGAAGUACCCUCUCCGAGUUAUAGUAAUGUCCGCUACUCUGGACAUUGAGCGGCUCUCUGAAUUCUUUGGCAAUUGUCCAGUAAUCACAAUCCCAGGAAAGAUCUUUCCAGUCACAAUGAAAUUCCAUAACCUUAUUGGUCCAAGAGACAAAGACAGCAGUGCUUAUGUUACUGAGGCUGUGAAAGUCACACUACAGAUACAUUUAAAUGAACCUGCUGGGGAUAUUCUUGUUUUUCUCACUGGCCAGUCAGAGAUUGAGAAGGCCUGCAAUGUACUGUUUCAAAAAGCUGAACUGAUAGACUAUCGGCAUGAUGUGUAUGACUCUGCUGUGGAAGGCCUGCUCAUCCUACCAAUGUAUGGUUCUAUGCCAACAGGUCAGCAGAAAAGAAUUUUUCUUCCGUCCCCAGCAGGCAUCAGAAAGUGUAUUGUAGCCACAAAUAUCGCAGCAACAUCAGUGACUAUUGAAGGAAUACGGUAUAUUGUAGACAGUGGGUUUGUGAAACAGUUAAACCAUAAUCCCAGAGCGGGACUAGAUGUUUUAGAAAUUGUUCCUAUUUCAAAAAGUGAAGCAGUGCAGAGAGCUGGAAGGGCUGGCAGGACGGCUUCUGGGAAAUGUCACCGGAUUUACAGUGAGGAAUUUUGGGAUAAAUGCAUGCUUGACCACAUGAUCCCUGAGAUUAAACGAACCAGUCUUACAUCUGUCAUUCUGACCCUUAAAUGCCUGGAGGUAAAUGAUGUAAUCAGGUUCCCAUACUUGGAUCCACCAGAAGAGAGGUUUAUUUUAGAAGCACUGAAGAAGCUCUAUCAGUGCAGUGCCAUUGACAGGAGUGGCAGCGUUACAAAACUGGGACGCUUGAUCGUAGAGUUUCCCUUAUCUCCCAGUCUGGCUUGCGCUGUGAUUAAAGCGACAUCUCUUGGGUGUGAGGAUCUUCUCCUUCCUGUAGCAGCCAUGUUGUCUGUUGAACAUGUGCUUAUACAACCAGGAACGUCUCAGAAACAGAAGGAAGUGGAACAAAGUCAUGAAGCGUUAUCCAAGAUGGCUGGUGGAGACAAUGACUUUGCUACUCUGCUGCACAUUUUUGAACAGUGCAAAUCUAACGACAAUCCUGCUUCCUGGUGUCACAAACACUCCGUUCACUGGAGAGCUGUAAAAUCUGCAUUCAGUGUGGAAAAGCAGCUUAAAGAUAUCACAAAUAAGUUAAAACAGAUGAAAGAUUUUCCAGUGGAAACAAUUGCUGCUCCUAGUGAUGAGAUGCUCAAGCGAUGUCUCUGUGCUGGUUUUUUCUCCAAUGUAGCCAGAAGGUCUGUUGGUAGAACAUUCUGCACAAUGGAUGGAAAUGGCAGUGUGGUACACAUACACCCUUCAUCAGCUAUAUUUGGACAUGAAGCCAACAUGGAGUGGAUAUUGUUCCACAAUGUCUUGGUGACUUCGAAGAUAUUUGUCAGGAUUGUGUGUCCCAUCCGCUAUGAAUGGGUUAAAGAUUUACUCCCAAAGCUGCAUGAUAUAAAUGCUUAUGAACUGAGCAGUGUGGCCAGAGAAGAGGUGACUGAAGAAGAAAUGGCUAAAUGGCAAUCUAGAGAACAAGCAAAGCAGCACACAGAUAUAUUUGAAGCCUCAUUGAAGAAGUUGCAGAAGAGAAAUGAUGAACAGUCUAUAUCUGAUGCGAGAGCCCGCUUCCUUCAGCGUAAACAACAGAAAUCAGGCGUCCAGCCACUGGAAAGUAGCUAAUAAGACACUUUGGGGUAUAUUCAGUUAGGGUCGGAUCCAUUCCGACAUUCAUUUGUCGGAAUGGAUCCGACAACCCCUAUUCUAUCCCAUCUCAAUUCGACUUUAAAAAAAGUCGAAUUGAGAUGAGACCUGUGAGUGGAGGAGAGGGGGGAGACCAGUGGGGAGAGCCGCGGGCAGACGAAGGAGAGCAGCGCUACAGUAGCGCUGCAGAAGGAUGUCUCACAGCCGGCAGACCUCACGGCAGUGUUCACCUGGCUCCAGCAAGCGUAACCUCACUUGCUGGAGCAGGGUGGACGCUGCCAUGAGCGAUGCGGUUGUGACACAUCCUCCUGCAGCGCUGUGCUGUAGCGCUGCUCUCCCCCAUCUCUCCGCGGCUCUCCCCCCUCUCCUCCUGUAAGGUCCCUCAUCUCAGUCCGACGUUUUUUUAUGUCGGACUGAGAUGGUCGGAAACAAGGCCAAAUCCUGUCGAAUUUGGCCCGUUUCCUCGACUUGACGAAUAAAAAUAGCUGGGAUUGAAUAGGUCGAAUCGCGAUUCGACCUUAAAAAGUCGAAAACUGACGUAUUUUCGACAGACGGCAGCUUUCGACCCUAAUUGAAUAUACCCCUUUGUAUUCUCCUUGUAGUAAUAUUAUAUACAAUACAGUAGCUAUAGUAACAAAUAGUUCCCAAAAAGCAGUUGUAUCAUUUGAUCAGUGUAUUAAAAGGUACUGGCUUGGCUUCUC